AUGAGAAGAAACAUAGGAGUUCCGAGCCCUGUUAAAUUGGUUUUCAUAGUCAUCUCCAUUUCUUUCAUCAUCAUACAGAUUAUUUCAGCAAUCUACCUCAUAAAAAUCCCUUUGUCAACCAUUUCGUUACCCAAACACAAAAACUCCACGACUGAAUACUCGAAAAUCGGUGAACUUGGAAAAACAGUAAUUGGGAUGUUACCCGAAGAUCUGCCGUUCACCCUGUUUUUGCCUUCGGAGGAAGCCUUUCGCCACGAUCUGGGAUUGAGUAGAAACGACAGCGAUGAUGCGUACGCAACACUCACGAGGGUUUUGGGGUUCUCAGCCUUACCGAGACAUGUUUAUGUGGCAAAUUUGGAGUACGGGAAACAGAAAAUCUAUGAUUCAAUAUCAGGGUUCACUUUGUACUUAUCGAAGACUUCGAAAGGGAUGGUGGUGGUUAAUGGUGUGGUCUCAGAGGCUGUGGAUUUGAAACUUGGGGAGAUUCUGGUGCAUGUAAUGAAUGGAGUGGUGAUGGAUGCCGAGUUUGAGCUAUCUGUGCAGCCUGAGGGUGAGGAUGAUGAGAGAAGAUAA